GCAGGUCUUUGCUUGACAGUUGACGUAUUGUUGCCUGGUUGUGUGAAUGUGUGCUGCUUGUUGGAUUAAUUUUUUGUACGAUAGAAAUUUUGUGAAAAAAAUUUAAUACACAUUUUUCCAAGAAUAUUCAUUAAAAUAGUUGAGGGAGUCUUAAAAAUCACAAGAUUUCUGAAAAUCAAACAAAAAAGAACAAAUCCAUACAAGAUUUUUGUUAAGAGACACACACGUCAUCUGCCAAAAGCAACUAGUGAGAGCGAGUGGAAGUGGUGAUACACAUUGUGAAAAUAGAAAACACUAUAUUAGUGAAGGCUAGGUCGGUCAACUGAAAUAAGCACAUUGUUGGAAAAAAGAAAACUAAAAAAAAAGCUAAAUAACAAUGAGCCAAUUAACGGAGUUACUGAGGAAGGAAUUUCCGGCCAUGGACAAUGAGCUAAAGGAGUAUGUCGAAGGCGUGCUAGCCGGCAGUUUGGAUGAUUUUGAGAGUUGCGAUGAUAUCUACGAUGCUGUGGGUGAUAUUUUGCAAAGUAUCAGCAUGGAAAAGAGCGAAGACAAUAUUCGUGAUUUAUGCACACAAUUCUACAAUAUCAUCAAGGUUGACAGCAAAUCAGUAGAACAGAAAGUGUUAAAUGCACCUGUCAACAUUGCCGACAUGGCGAAAGAUAUGGAAACUGUUGAUAAAGAUAUGCAUAGUAUAUGGCUGGUAAAUAAGGAUAACUCUAAUAAAGUUGACACCAAAAAAUUGGUUAAGGCCGAGGCUAAACUGCAACAAAAGCAGGAAAAACGUCAAGAUGCUGUUAAGGCACCUGCGGCACCAGUUAAACUGCAACAAGCCACAGCUUCUCAGGUCACAAAUAAAAAAGCAACCAAAAUGGAUGCCAAGGGAACAAAUCGUUCAAUGGAUAUUAAAAUUGAAAAUUUCGAUUUAGCUUUUGGAGAAAAAGUCCUGCUACAAAAUGCCAAUAUCCUCUUGUCAUUUGGCCGACGUUAUGGUCUAGUGGGUCGCAAUGGUUUAGGUAAAACUACUCUACUACGUAUGAUAUCCGAACGUCAACUACAAAUACCCUCACACAUCUCUGUCCUGCAUGUGGAACAAGAGGUGGUGGGUGAUGAUACACCAGCCGUUGACAGUGUACUUGAAUGUGACUUUGAACGCACUCGUCUCUUAACACGUGAAAAAGAAAUUAUGGCCCUAUUAAAUAGCGGCACACAAGAUGCUGCGCUUAGUAACGAACUAAGUGAAAUCUAUGCCCAACUACAGAAUAUCGAAGCCGAUAAAGCGGUAGCUCGCGCUUCUGUAAUUCUCAAAGGUUUAGGUUUCGAUACCGAUAUGCAAUCGAGACCGACAAAAUCAUUUUCCGGCGGUUGGCGUAUGCGUUUGGCUUUGGCACGAGCUCUCUUCUCAAAACCCGAUUUGUUGUUACUUGAUGAACCUACUAACAUGUUGGAUAUUAAAGCUAUAAUAUGGUUAGAGAACUAUUUACAAUCCUGGCCCACCACUAUACUGGUAGUAUCUCACGAUCGUAACUUUUUGGAUACCGUACCAACCGAUAUAAUACAUUUACAUUCCCAGCAAUUAGAGGCUUACAAGGGCAACUAUGAACAAUUUGAAAAGACUAAAAAUGAAAAACUUAAAGCUCAACGCCGUGAAUAUGAGGCGCAAAUGGCUCAUCGUGCUCAUGUUCAGGAAUUUAUUGAUCGUUUCCGUUAUAAUGCCAAUCGUGCGGCUUCAGUACAAUCGAAAAUUAAAAUGUUGGAAAAACUGCCCGAAUUGAAACCAGUUGAAAAGGAAGUCGAAGCCAAACUUAAAUUUCCUGAUGUAGAACCCUUAAAUCCACCAGUUUUGGCCAUAUCGGAUAUUGAAUUUAAAUAUGAUCCAAAAGAUCCUUUGCCGGUAUUUAAAAAUGUUAAUCUUUCGGCCAAUUCAGAUUCUCGUAUUUGUAUUGUGGGUGAAAACGGUGCCGGUAAAUCUACUCUAUUGAAAAUUAUUGUGGGACAAUUGACUACACCUUUGGGCAAUAUUGUAUUGCAUCGCAGUUUACGCAUUGGUUACUUUGCCCAGCAUCAUGUGGAUCACUUGAAUAUGAAUUUAACUUGUGUGGGAGUUUUAGCUGAAAACUUUCCAGGACGACCAGAUGAAGAAUAUCGUCGUCAAUUGGGUAGUUUUGGUAUUUCGGGUCCAUUAGCUUUACAAAGUUUAGCUAGUUUAUCUGGAGGACAAAAAUCUCGAGUAGCUUUAGCUAAAAUGUGCAUGGCUGAACCCAAUUUCCUGGUACUUGAUGAACCUACAAAUCAUUUAGAUAUAGAAACUAUAGAUGCCUUGGGUAGGGCCAUCAAUGCAUUUAAGGGUGGUUGCAUUUUAGUUUCUCACGACGAACGUUUAAUCAAAGUUGUUUGCAAAGAAUUGUGGGUUUGUGGCAAUCGUACUGUACGCGCUAUUGAAGGUGGUCUGGACGAAUACAAAUGUGAAGUUUACAGAGAAAUUGAAGCCAAUAAUAGUUAAUUUACUCAAUUGUGAUUUUGUUUAAUUUUUCUAAAUACAUAUUUACAUACAUAUAUUUAACAAAAAA